UCCUGACUAUUGCAUUCCUGACUUCGUAUAUUAAUGUUUUCACCGAGUGGCUCAAGGUGUCCCCGUAUUUCGCCGCUGGUUUCUUCGUACAGCACAUCUUAGAACAGGACUCGACAUAAAGAAAGAAACAUGCAUCAACCAGUCCUCCUCGCCCUGCUCGGCCUGAGCCUGGGGCUGGUGACUGCAUUUCCUUCCGAGGAGCCAGACAGUGGGAAACACUGGGUAUUGAUCGUAGCGGGCUCCAAUGGCUGGUACAACUACAGGCACCAGGCCGAUGCUUGCCAUGCCUACCAGAUCGUUCACAAGAAUGGCAUCCCAGAUGAGCAGGUUGUGGUUAUGAUGUAUGAUGACUUGGCUGAGAAUGAAGCGAACCCCACCCCUGGCAUAUUGAUCAACAGACCAAAUGGCACAGAUGUGUAUAAGGGAGUUCCUAAAGACUACACCAAUGAUGCUGUGACCCCACAAAAUUUCCUGGCGGUGUUGAAGGGUGAUGCCUCAGGAGUUAAAGGUGGAUCUGGAAAAGUCCUGAAGAGCGGCCCCAAUGAUCAUGUGUUCGUGUACUUCACUGACCACGGGGCACCCGGUAUUGUGGCGUUUCCUAAUGAUGAUCUCCAUGUUGAAGACCUGCAGGCAGCCAUUAAAUACAUGCAUGACAAUAAAAAAUACAAAAAGAUGGUGUUCUACAUUGAGGCAUGUGAGUCCGGGUCAAUGAUGAACAACCUGCCUGAUGACAUUGACGUGUAUGCCACCACAGCAGCUAACCCUCAUGAGUCCUCUUAUGCCUGCUAUUAUGACGAGAAGAGGGACACAUACCUGGGCGACUUGUACAGUGUUAGCUGGAUGGAGGACUCUGAUGUGGAGGACCUGAAUAAAGAGACUUUGAUAAAGCAGUUCAAGAUUGUAAAGAGCCACACAAACACCAGCCACGUCCAGCAGUAUGGAAACAAGACAGUGGGCCACAUGAAGGUGUUAGCAUUCCAGGGUAGCCAGAAAGCAGACCGCCCACCCACUCCUCCAGUGAUUCUGCAGCCAGUGGAGAAUCUGGAUUUGACCCCGAGCCCUGACGUUCCUCUGGCCAUCCUCAAGAGGAAGAUGAUGGCCUCCAAUGACAUCAGGGUUGCAAGGGGGCUGCUGAUGGAGAUCAACUCCCACCUCAGGUUCAGGAAGAUUCUGGCUGACACUAUGCGCCAAGUGGUCGAGAAGGUGACCGGCAAUAGUUUCAAGGCCGAGGAGGUUCUCAACGAGAGAGCCGACCUGUCCCAGCAUCAGUGCUACAAAGCUACAGUCAACCACUACAAACACAACUGCUUCAACUGGCACAAACCCGAGCAUGAAUAUGCUCUGAGACAUCUGUAUGCUCUCGUGAACCUGUGUGAGAGGGGAUACCCCGCACAUAGCAUCCAGCAGGCCAUGGAUUCUGUGUGUCCUUUCAUGCAGUAAAAAGAAGUCUGCAAAUCCAUUAGAGCCUCGGAUCAGUCUGCUGGAGGUUAAGAGAACUUCUCUUUCUGCUGCUUAGAAAUCAAUCUGACGUUGAUGUUAUUGUUUUAUCAACACACUAUAACUUGUUUUUUAAAUUUGUGAUUUUUUUUUGUGAUUUUACUGAGAAUUUUUAAGCUUGUUUUAUGAUGAGUUGCACUAUCAUGUGAAUGUUUAAUGGAUGGUGUUUUACUGUUUCUGAUGCUUUAUUUGGGGUCCAAAAUGCCUUGCAUGAAAGUUUUCUAAACAUGUAAAGGACAUUACCACUACACAAUGAAUGUUUGUUGUACACAAGUUGUUGUAACACUGGGACCUUGAAAUAAAAUCUGACAACCAAAACUGCAAGAGGG